AUGGCUAGCGAGGAACUGGCGCGCCAGUUGCGGAGGAGACUGCAAUGGGAGGUGGAGGAGGAGGAAAAAGAGGAGGAAAGUAGCCCGGUUGGGGUUCCCGAACCCCUAGUGCUGCCGGAGCCCCGAGCCCCGGAGCCCCCCUCCAGCGCCGACGACGAGCUGCGAGCGCAGCUGAGCCGCCGGCUGGACAUCAACGCCGGGGCGGCGCGGCCUCGGGGGUGUCGGGUCUUCCACCCUUACUCCGAGUUCCCCGACUUCAGCCGCCGCCUCAUCAAGGACCUGGAGAGGAUGUUCAAAUUGUAUGACACGGGCCGGGAUGGCUUUAUCGACCUCAUGGAGCUGAAGCUGAUGAUGGAGAAGUUAGGGGCUCCCCAGACCCACUUGGGGCUGAAGAAUAUGAUCCAGGAGGUGGAUGAGGACUUUGAUGGCAAAACUCAGCUUCCCGAGUUCUUGCUCAUAUUCCACAAGGCGGCUGCAGGGCAGCUACAGGAAGACAGCGGGCUGAUGGCGCUGGCCAAGCUCUCGGAGAUUGACGUGGCCCUUGAGGGGGUCAAGGGUGCCAAGGACUUCUUUGAAGCCAAGGCCCAAGCUUUGGCCAUGGCCAGCAGGUUUGAAGAGGAGUUAAAAGCUGAGCAAGAUGAGAGGAAGCAGGAGGAGGAGAAGAGGCGGCUGCGCCAGGCCGCCUUUCAGGAGCUCAAGGCCACGUUCAGCACAUAGUUGGGUGGCUUUGGCCUCUGCCCACUGCUGUGCCUCACAGAUGCCCCUGAGAAAUCUGUGGGUGUCCUCACCAGGCCAGCACUCCCGCCAGCCCUGACCCUCAGUAUCUGGAGGUUGCCCUGAAAGAUCUGACUGAGGCUCUAGGACAGCCCGUCCUGCCCAGGCUCAGUACCCUCUGUAUCCACAAAGUGCUUUGCUUUGUCCCUAUACCCUGUGUGUCCCUCAGAUAUCAGCCUUGACUGGCAGGAUUUGAUUAGGUGAAAUGGUGUCCAUUUCAAGCAGGACUCUUCCUUCUCUUUGUCCCUCUCUCCAUGCCC